UCAAAUCCUAAAUAAAUUUGGUUUCCUACUCCAAUAUAAUAUUACCCCACGAUCGACUGAGUAUGCAGUUCAGACAUUCCAUAACUUAUUCUCUAUAAAUUUUACAUCUCCUUACCAUUUUCCACCUCAAUUAAAGAAAAGGGUCUAAGCUUAUGAUCGAUAAGAAGAGGGAAAAAGCAGCACCACCUGAGGAGGAGGAGGAUUGUGAAAGAAUCUACUCGUACGAGGAGAAGAGGGUAAAAGCAUAUAUCAAUCCUGACAGACAAGGAUGUAUAAAUUGGGAAAAGAAAAAUCGAUCAUGGGAAAUACAAAAUGGUUUGAUACCAACGUUCGAGGAGGAGGAGAUGAUGCAAAAACCCCUUAUUCUUGUUUGUGGAAAGGAGGAGGAGGGAAGGGAGGAGGCCAAGAGAAAAAAAGCAGCACCACCUGAGGACUGGGAAAAAGAGUACUCAUACGAGGAGAAGAUGCUAAAAGCACGUCUUGAAAAACAAGGAUACGGAGAGUGGGAAAAAAAGCAUCGAUUAUGGGAAAUACUAAAUUAUUUGGUACCAGUUGCCGAGGGUGAUAAGAAGGAGAAGCAGAGGCAAUAUGAGGUUCGUUAUUUAUUGGCAUUACUAUCACUACGGGAUCCCGUGAUAGCAAAAGAGCUACUCGAAAAGAGGUUAGAUAAACUUCUUUAAAAAGAGCCAAUCUCGGACAUUCUGGACUUGUUGGGACUAGCUAACCAUGUUAUCGAAGAUUAUAACGAGAAAGAGUACAAUGUUUUCAAGUACAAGCUCUUGAAGAUUGAGAAAGUGAAUUGUUCUCCGACCAAUUCAUAUUAUAUGACUGUCAAAGUAUUAAAUCUCACUCUUGGUACUCCUAUUGAAACUUUUCAAAUCCAUGCUGGUACACAUUACGCUGAUACUGGUAAAAUUAUCGACUGUUGCCGGCCUAAAGAAGAGGUAAUCAAACACCUAUUGAUAUUUAC